AUGACUGACAAGCCAGGUCCUUCUAAACGCUCUGGUAGCGUAUUAACUUCGGGUUCUCGGGCUAAACGAGGCCGUAUUUAUAGUGCCAACAGUAGUCUGGAUGACUUUGAGUGCUCAAGUGUUGAAGCUGAAUUCUCUCAAUGUGGUGAUGAAGAUGAAGAGGACGAUGAAGAGGAGGUUAGCGACGAUAGUUGCGAUAGUAUUUUUGAUUCUAGGCUUCGUAUGGACAGAUUUGAGUCAUCAAGUCGUCAGAAGAUUUCAAAUCCCGAGGAUACAUUUAACCGUCCAAUGUCUCCAGAUCGGCCCAUGGCAACCUCGCCAUCUAUCAUUCAAAAUUAUGGUGAACUAUCUGAUAUACCGGAUAGUUUAUUAAAUAAUUCUAUUACACCAUCAGUAUCUAUGCUAAUGUCCGAUGCCUUAUCGAUCAACAUUCCCAGUGAAGAUAUCGAAAACUUGCCACUACGGUCACCACCUUCAGUCGAAACUUCACAAACUAGAGUUGAAAGGCCAGAUAACCAACCAUCUGAGGAAGGAGCUACAUCUUUUUGGAGUACACAAGGGACAAUGAAAAGUAUAGAUUUCACCAAAACCCAGGAAUUAUUAGUUCCAGCUCCAUCUGAUCCAUUUGAGGCAUUCCGGUUACUAAUAGACGAAAAUAUUCUAGAUUUAAUAGUGCAUGAAACUAAUGCUAAUGCCAUUCGAGUACUGAAUGCACCUGGUGUUAAAGAACACUCGCGAAUAACAUCCUGGAAAGACAUAACACGAGCUGAAUUAUCAACAUUUCUUGGGUUAGCUCUUCGCACAGGUACAAUCCGGCUAAAUCGACUCAGCGAUUACUGGAAAAAGCAUUGGCUAUUUAAUAUUCCUUGUUUUGCACAAUAUAUGUCUCGUAACCGUUUUAUGUUAAUAUUGCGUUGCCUCCAUUUUUCAUCUGAAACAAAUGAAGAAGAUCGACUGGCCAAAAUUCGUCCGAUAGUAGAUCAUUUUAACAAUCGAAUGAAUGAUAUUUAUUACCCAGGCAAACAGCUUUCUCUGGAUGAAGCGAUGGUUUUAUGGCGUGGACGUCUCCAGUUUAGACAAUACAUUAAAAAUAAGCGCCAUAAGUAUGGAGUGAAGUUAUACGUACUUGCAGAACCAGAUGGCACAGUACUCAAAUUUCAAAUAUACGGUGGUGCAGGUGAUGAUACGUCUGGAGUAGGGCACACUCAAAAUAUAGUUUUGAAGCUACUUGAAGAGAAAUUAGACUCGGGACACAGUGUCUAUAUGGACAAUUAUUAUAACUCGUAUGAUUUAGCUGUCAAACUAUUAAAUCGCCAAACAUACUGUACGGGUACUUUAAAUAAGAAUCGAAAAGGUAAUCCAAUAGAACUUGGUACUAUCACGUUGCGUAAAGGAGAAAAUAAGUCAUUGUUUUUAAAUGGUGUACAUAUAGGCAAAUGGAAAGACAAGCGUUACGUGCUUUAUAUAUCGACAGAGCACGAUAACGAAAUGAUGGAAACCACCAACAAAAGAGGCACUGUUCUCGUAAAACCAUCAGCAAUUAUACAUUACAACAAUUUUAUGUCUGGUGUGGAUUUGCAGGACCAAAUGCUUUCAUAUUACCCUUGUGAAAGGAAAACCAUGCGAUGGUAUAAGAAGAUAUUCUUCCACACUCUUCAGAUGAGUUUAAAUAAUGCGUUCCAUUUACAUAAUAAAUUUAGUAUGAAUAGCAAAAUGAAUCUAUAUGAUUUCCGUUUAUAUAUUUUGGAAAAAUUAUUACCAAAACCACCACAAAUAGUUGAAAAAAUGUCAACUAAACAUAUUUUAACAAAAAUUGAGAACGUUAAGACGCGUCAAAAAAAAGAGGGCAAUAAGACAAGAACUAUAACAGAAGUUGUAAGAAAAGAAUGUAAAGGAUGUAGAGAAAAGAAGAACCGAGUUGCCACUUUGUAUGAAUGUAAGAGCUGCAUUGGAAAGCCAGGCCUAUGCAUAGAAUGUUUCUUUGAACUGCAUUUAUAA